CUACGGGGAACAGAAGCGCAGGGAAUUUCUUGAUGCCGAGAUCUCGCCUCUUGUCCGAGCGUCUGCCGUCGGCAGAGCCCCUCUUCAUCCGCGUCUUCUUCUGAAAUGUGUUUGCGCGUGAAAGACAGCGGAAACAGAAGUGUGGGUGAGGGCGAGUGUGCGGAAAGAAGAGAAACGAGGAAUUCAGUCCCAGUGCAACCGGAACGUAGUUCUUUGGCAAGAAAACAGGAACCCAACGGGAGUGUGUCCGAUUGAAUUUUGAAAGGAAUAUCCGAAUUUAAUAUCCGCACCAAAAAGGCUAUGAGAAUUGUUGAAAACCCUGCCACCGGUGACUUGGUUUUCAGCUUGUCAGUCGUCGAGAGAAGUUCUUAGUCCAACACGACAGAGGAUACAUUGAUCACCGUAUUUAAUGUCACACGGCAAUGAAUUGGUUGGAAUUCCGCGAGCGUCAAUAGCGAACUAGGUGUCUGCGGUGUCAAAAUAAGUGGACGCGUCUCUCCGUUCGCAAGCAUCGAGAAUCCAUUUUAGAACUUUGAAACCGGCGAGAGACAUGCCAGCCGGAUUCGCUCGGAGCUGAACUGUAGGCUAUCACCCCACCCCCAUCGCAAGCAUCAAUACAUCUGGAAUACUUGUGGCGAAGUGGAUGAGCUUCCUGAUGAGAGACCCAGUUAUUCCAGGAGCAAGUAUGGCAUACCACCCGUUUUUACCUCAUCGGGGUACGGACUUUGCCAUGAGCGCAAUGCUGGGUCACCAUUCCCCCUUCUUCCCGGCCCUGGCGCUGCCUCCGAACGGGUCUCUUUCUCUCCCGGGCGCGCUGGGCAAACCCAUCAUGGACCAGCUCAUGGGCGCCGCGGAAAGCAGCCUCCACUUCUCCCUGGGCCACCCAGCCGCUGCAGCCCACCUCCGGCCCCUGAAAGCGCUGGAACCGGAGGAGGAGGUCGAGGAUGACCCUAAAGUUCACUUGGAAGCGAAGGAGCUAUGGGAACAGUUCCACAAACGCGGCACCGAAAUGGUUAUUACAAAAUCAGGAAGGCGAAUGUUUCCCCCAUUUAAAGUGAGGUGUACCGGCUUGGACAGGAAGGCCAAGUACAUUCUACUGAUGGACAUUGUUGCGGCGGACGACUGCAGAUAUAAAUUCCAUAACUCCCGGUGGAUGGUGGCGGGCAAGGCCGACCCUGAAAUGCCGAAGAGGAUGUACAUUCACCCAGACAGCCCGGCCACUGGCGAACAGUGGAUGUCCAAAGUCGUCAAUUUUCACAAACUUAAAUUGACAAAUAACAUCUCGGACAAGCAUGGUUUUACGAUUUUGAACUCCAUGCACAAGUACCAGCCAAGAUUCCACAUCGUCAGAGCCAACGAUAUUCUCAAACUGCCGUACAGCACAUUCAGGACCUACGUUUUUCCAGAAACCGACUUCAUUGCGGUAACAGCGUAUCAAAACGACAAGAUCACCCAGCUUAAAAUCGACCACAAUCCAUUCGCCAAGGGAUUCCGCGAUACAGGCAAUGGGAGGAGAGAAAAGAGGAAGCAGUUGGCCCUGCAGUCCAUAAGAUCUUACGAGGAGCACCAGAGGAAGGAGAACGGGACUUCCGACGACUCAGCCGGGGAACAGGCCUCUUUCAAGUGCUUUGGCCGAACCUCGUCGCCCCCGGCGACCACCGCAGGCCCGCCCAACCUGAAGGCGGACUUCUGCGAGAGUGACGAGGACAGCGACGACGAGAGCAAGGACGGGAACCCGCAGGAGCGCCAGGAGUCCGGAAAGAUCUCCACCACCACGGCCGAGCCCCCGGCGGAGCGCCUGUGCGCGGGGAGCGAGGACGGCGGCUGUUCGCGGCGCCCGCCGGAGGAGCCCUCCGCCCCGGCCCGGAGCCCCACGGACCCCCAGCACAGCCCCCUCACCCUCAUCUCCAGCACCACCAGGGACCCCCGCAGCCCGGCCCCGCCCGAGCCCCCAAAACCCGCCAGCAAGGAGGAGUACCCCUCCCCGCUCAGCGUCCAGACCGACGGUGCCUCCCACCUGGGCCAGGGACACCUGCACCAUUUCGGCUUCCCGCCGGGCCUGGCCGGACAGCAGUUCUUUAACCACCUGGGCGCCGCCCACCCCUUUCUCCUGCACCCCGGCCAGUUCGGAAUGGGCACCGCGUUCCCGGGAAUGGCGGCCGCGGCGGGAAUGGGGCCCCUGCUCGCCGCGGUGUCGUCGAACAGCGCCAUGGAUACGGGCGGCAUGGUGCCCCCCCAUCAGGGCCUGGGCGGCUCCCCUGGACUCCCCUUCCACCUGCAGCAGCACAUGCUGGCCUCCCAGGGGCUUGCGAUGUCUCCAUUCGGAAACCUUUUCUCGUAUCCUUACACGUACAUGGCGGCCGCUGCCGCCGCUUCUUCUGUGGCCUCGUCCUCGGUUCACCGGCACCCGUUUCUGAACGCAGUGCGGCCCAGACUACGGUACAGCCCCUACGGCGUUCCCAUGACCGUACCGGACAGCACCCUGCUUACUACAGCUCUGGGCAGCAGCGCCCUCGAGCUGAAAGGAAACGCCAUGGCAACGAGUCCAACUCUGGACUCCACCUCGGAGGUCAACAGCAGGUCUUCGACCAUAUCCUCGCGUUCCCUAUCCCUGUCACCAAAAACCUGCACCGAAAAGGACCCAACCAGCGAACUGCAAAGCAUUCAACGGCUGGUCAGCGGAUUGGAUACAAAACACGACAGGCCUCGAAGCCUGUCGCCGUAGACCACUGCAGUGAUGGAGAACCCAAAAAAAAUUCUAAAAAAAAAACAAAAACAAAAAAAAACAAUGUUCACACGUUUCUAUUGAAUGCGGGUUGGAAUAGCAGAACCGACGGAAUCAUUGGACUUUUGAAAUGCACUUUGUUUGAAUAAAGAAUUGCUGUGUAUAUUUCUUUUGUUUUAAUCUAGAUACGAGUUUUGAACUUUCCUGGUAUACCACACAAGUAUUGAAACUGAAAGUUUGGAAAGGUUGGGUAGUUGCUGCUAUGCCCCAUAUUUUUUCUAAGUCGAUUUGCAAGAGUAAUGAAAAGCAUUUAGAUAAAUAUUCUGAAUUGGUUCUGAUGGUUUGUAUACACAUCUUAUAAAGUUUGCUAUAGGCCUCUGUGACAUUGUGACAUUGACAUUGCCUAUAUGAUAUAAAGCGCUACAUGACGCCUGUCAUUGUGUACGGCGCGAUGGAAAUGAGUUUGCAUGACCCACACUUGGUUAAAAUAUCUAGUUUGCGACUGCCAGAUAGCAUACGUAUUGUAUUUUUAAAAGACCAAAAUAUGACAACAAAAAAAACUUCAAUAAACAUGAUAAAAUAUUUCUAGGACGGUAUCAUAUUUUCCCUUUUUCCCACGUGUUUACGAUUGAAUUCAUUGUACCUGAAAAUUGGAAAAGGGAAUUUGAAAGGAAAAGCAAAUAAAAUGGAAACGUGGACUACAAAUGUAAAUAGCUAUAUAUUGAAAGUAUUUAUGUAAUUAUUUGAUAUCACAUGUAAAUAUCAUGGACUUGAUGUUUCUGAGUUUUUCUUUAAUUUAUUGCUGAUAUACCUGUGUUAAAAUAGUUUGUGAACUGGUUUGUUUUCGUCAUCGAUUUUUUAAAACUGUUUUUCUGAAUACGGAGUUGCUUAUGUUGAAAAUCUCAAAUUCCCCUACAUUUGUCUUUCAUCUUGUAUAGAUAUAGAUUUUUCGUAGACACAAUCAUGCGUCAUUGCGGCUUUCAGUGUUGUCUAUUUGUUAAAAUGCUACUAUUCAAUUUAAUUAAAUGACAAUACAGUGCGCAAUGGUUUGAACAGUGAUUAAGUUUUUGUUUUUUCUUUUAUUUAAACGGGUUUUGUAUUCGUGUCAAAAUGAACCACUUUUCUCAAUAUAUAGGCUAUUGCCGUUUGAAAGCGAAAGUGGCGAAUCUUAAAACAUGAAGGUUUAAUCGCGUGUGUGAAAGUUGUCCUCUGGUGCUGAAGUAGCCUAUUCUCAGUUUUCCCGUUUUUUCCCUUUUGUUUAUGUAAUAACAUCAGUGAUGUUAAUUGAACGUUUCAAUAAAUAUAUUGAAGUCUUAUCUGUU